AAUCUUGAAGAGCCUAAACAAAUCAACAACCAACACUACUGCUACUGCUCAGAUCACAGACCCACAAGGCUUUAGUUUAGAUGGCUAAAGUUUCAUGCAAGAAUCUUCUUCUUGUGGCCUUUUUCUUGCUUUGCUUUGUUUCCAUUGGUGCAAGAGGAAGGAGUUUGCGAGUGGCAAAAAACAUUAAUGAAGUAGAGAAGAUCAAGGACCAUGAAGAUAAUUCCUUCACAUCCAAAGGAAAUGGGGCGCCCCCAGAUGCAGAAGAAUUACUGGGGAUGGACUAUACUGGCCCCAAAAAAAAUCCUCCAAUUCAUAAUUAAAAUGGGAAAAUUUUGUCAAGCAACUUCAAGAGUUCCCUCUUACGUUUGACGAUUUUGAGCUUUCAUCCAUAGUUAGAUACGUCUAGGAAGAAAAAUUAAAAUAGCUAGAUUUUUAUUUAUAUAUAUGUAUAUAUAUAAAAUAUAUAUGGUUUUAUAAACAUGGUAGAAGUGUAAACUUGCAAGAACUGAUGAAUAUUGCACUAGGUUCUAGUCUGCAUGGAGUCUUUCUGUAAAUUAACAGGGGAGUGUUGGCUUGUGACACCUUAAUGAGUUACAGAAUACAAAAGUACACUAUCUUUUUGCUA